UUGCAGUGCCUGAAAAUGGCGAUUUGGUUUCACCUCCUACAUGGGUUAGUAGUAACCCUUUUCAUCACAUCGGUGUCCGCCGUCGAAUUCAUCUUUAACGGCUUCAAUUCUUCGGAUCUGUUAAUUUACGGCAACGCAACCCUAGAAUCUCACAUCCUUACUCUCACCAAAGACACCAAUCUCUCCAUUGGCAGAGCUCUCUACCCUUCCAAGAUCCCCACCAGAACAUACCCCAACUCCUCUCUCCUUCGUCCCUUUUUCACAUCUUUUAUCUUCUCCAUCGCUCCAGUCCCCAACUUCCAACCUGGCCAUGGCUUCGUCUUCAUCUUCUCCCCACGCACAGGUAUCGACGGUGUUAGCUCUUCUCAACAUCUCGGCCUCUUUAACUGGACCAACGAUGGCGAUGCCAACAACCACGUUUUGGGAAUCGAAUUUGAUGUCUUCCAGAACCAAGAGUUCAGUGAUAUCGACAACAACCAUGUCGGCGUCGAUCUCAACUCCCUCAGAUCCUCCACCGCUCAAACCGCCGGUUACUGGGAAGACAUCCAUGGCACCUCCUCCUUCAAAGGUCUCACCUUGAACAAUGGUGUAAAUUAUCAAGUCUGGAUUGAUUACUCCGAUUCUCAGCUCAAUGUCACCAUGGCCCGCGCUGGAACAAAAAGGCCUCGAAAGCCUCUGAUUUCUACUCCCCUCAAUCUCUCCGAUGUUCUUCUCGAUGAAAUGUAUGUUGGGUUCACGGCAGCUACUGGAGUUCUAGUCGAAUCACAUAGAAUUCUAGCGUGGAGCUUCAGUAAUUCAAAUUUCUCCAUUGGCGAUGCCUUGAACACUCGGAAUUUGCCGUCUUUUGUUCCCCCGAAAAGCUGUAUUUUUAGGUCCAAAUGGUUCAUCGCUGCGAUUACCGUGGUGUCCAUUGCUGUACUAGCUUCUAUUGCAGGAAUCGCUCUGUUUUUGGUUAGGAGGAAUCGAAAGAAACAGAGGGACAGAGAAGCCAUGGAAGAUUGGGAAUUGGAGUAUUGGCCACACCGGAUUAGUCACCAGGAGAUCUACACUGCGACAAAGGGGUUCUCAGAUGAGAAUCUAAUUGGGAUCGGAGGGAACGGCAAGGUCUACAAAGGGGUUCUCUCAGGAGGAACAGAGGUCGCUGUGAAGCGAAUUUCCCAUGAAACAGAACACGGAGUUAGAGAGUUUUUAGCAGAGGUUUCAAGCUUGGGGCGAUUGAAGCACAGGAAUCUGGUUGGAUUGCGAGGUUGGUGCAAGAAAGAUAAGUGUAGCUUAAUCCUCAUCUACGAUUACAUGGAAAAUGGAAGCUUAGACAAAUGGGUUUUCGAAUGUGAUGAGAAUUUGAUGUUGGGUUGGGAUGAUAGAUUAAGAGUUCUGAAAGAUGUAGCUUCAGGUGUGUUAUACCUACACGAAGGUUGGGAAGCUAGAGUUCUUCACAGAGACAUUAAAGCAAGCAAUGUAUUGCUAGACAGAGACAUGAAUGGAAAGAUAGGUGAUUUCGGUCUUGCUCGAAUGCACAGCCAUGGCGAAGCUGCGAACACUACUCGUGUUGUUGGCACUGUGGGUUACUUGGCACCUGAAGUGGUUCGCACAGGCAAAGCUUCUGCAGAGACAGAUGUGUUUGGUUUUGGAAUUUUGAUUCUGGAAGUGAUGUGCGGUAGAAGACCUGUAGAGGAAGGGAAGCCAGUUUUGGUAGAUUGGUUGUGGGAGUUGCUUGAGCGUGGAGAGCUCUUGUGUGCGGUGGAUGAGCGGUUAAGGGCUAAGGGUGGGCUUGAUGAUGAUUUGGUAGAGCAAGUGUUUCAUUUGGGCUUGCUUUGUGCUUACCCUGAUCCACAAGCCCGGCCCACUAUGAGACAAGUAGUGAAGGUGUUGGAGGGAAAGAGUGAGGUGAAUCUUGAUCUUAAUUCUCUUGAAGUUGAAGAAAGGGAAGGACCUGAUGUGUAUAUGCUUGAGAAGAUGAAGUCUAAAUCCAUGUCUUCUAAGUAUAGGAGUCAUGGUUCUAGCCUUGGGAGACACCCUACCUUUGAAGAGAUUCGACAAUUGCUCUCGUCGUCGACGGCAUCUCUUUCUGACUCCGAUGUGAUUGUGGAAGGUAGAUGAUUGUGUUAAUCAAGUAUUAAUACAGAUUUAAGAAAAAGAAAGAUAUUAGGAUAGUUUUAAAUGUACAUACACAAAUCAAAUGAGAGAUGUAACUAAUUGCAAUGAGAAGGGGGUGUAGUGAUACAUGUGUA